GUAGUAACCAGUUCCUCCCUUCGCCUAGUUUCAUCCCCAUUCCCAAAUUGUGUCAUCCGUUUGUGGUUUCCUUGGCCCAUCUCUAGUAAUUUGCUUUGUCUGAGAUUGUCUCAACGCCUUUCACUUGCAAGUAAUGAUACAUACAGUUAGUAUCUUUCCCUUGUAAGACUGUUGUCGUGGAGUACACUUCAUGGCUAGCACCUCGGAACGAUUAGGCGGUUCGUCGAGUUCGGAUCAGGUUGUGAAAUGGUUAGAGGGUAGUGGCCUAGGAAAGUAUGCUAGCCAGUUCGUUGCUCUUGGCAUUGGGGGAGAUGGCUUCCGUAAGCUCCUUAUGCAGGACUACGAGAAGUGUGGCGUUUCCAAAUUUGAAGACAAGCGAAAGCUCUUUCAGCUGAUUAAGCAGCUCAAUUCUAGCGAUGAGGUCCGCACGAGCAUGGGAAAGAACCGCGACAGCCAGCAGGAGACUAGGCCAGCAGCUCCUCCCCAAAGGCCCGCGGUCGCCGCUCCUGCCAAGUGCACAAAGAUUAUUGACGUCCUAGGAAUGGACGAUGUGGAGCUGCUAACCGACGGGCUUGAUGAACCUAUUGAAACAGAGCCGCCGAAAGCUCCACGUCUUACUGCUCCGCAGAGUGCUGUUUCCAGCCGAGCAACAUCUCCAGUCAGACCAGACCGAGCGUUUAUGCUUCACAGCGUAUCAGUCCCUGCUUCUCCAGAGAAGUUCUCCACAAAUCCGCCUCCGAACUUAGCCUCGUCUCUUCCCAAGAUUCCCGGUCUUGAUGCAGUGGCGGAGACAGCUCCACGGGUCUCGAAUCCAGCUCGGAUCAAAGUUGUGGUUCGGAAGCGACCCAUCAACAAGAAAGAGCGUAUGCGGAAGGAGCAUGACGUUAUAUAUAUUGAUGAACCGAGGAUCCUGACCGUUCGCGAGCCAAAAGUGAAGGUCGACCUGACGGCGUACGAGGAAACGCACAAGUUCGUCUUCGACGCUGUGCUGGACGAAACAGUGACUAACGACGAGGUCUAUCGUGAAACUGUGGAGCCAAUUGUUCCUACGAUUUUCAUGCGAACCAAAGCGACUUGCUUCGCAUAUGGUCAAACUGGGAGUGGAAAGACCUUCACCAUGCAGCCGUUGCCACUGAGGGCUGCACAGGACAUGCUGAACAUCAUCAACCUGGAGCGCAACAAAGACUCGAAUUUCCAUUUGUGGAUUAGCUUCUUCGAGAUCUAUGGCGGCAAGCUCUUCGACUUGCUGAAUGACCGAGCAAAGCUGCAAAUGCGCGAGGAUGGGAGGCAGCAAGUUUGCAUUGUCGGCUUGAAGGAGGUCGACGUCGUAUCUGUCGACACUCUCUACGAGCUGAUAUCGAGGGGAAACUCCGCAAGAAGCACUGGCACGACCGGCGCAAACGAGGAGUCGUCACGAAGUCAUGCCAUUCUCCAGAUGGUUAUCAGGCAGAAAAUCCAGCCUGACAAGACGCAGGCGCGACGAGCCAGGAGGUCCCUUGGAGGCGCGGAUAACGAGAAGGACAACAUGGGGAAGCUCGUGGGCAAGUUCUCGUUCAUCGACCUCGCUGGCAGUGAAAGAGGCGCGGACACUACGGAUAACGAUAAGCAGACCAGGAUGGAAGGAGCGGAGAUUAACAAGAGCCUUUUGGCUUUGAAGGAGUGCAUUCGCGCGCUUGACAUGGAGCAGAACCACAUUCCAUUCCGUGGUAGCAAGUUGACUGAAGUGUUGCGUGACUCCUUCGUGGGCAACUCUCGAACGGUGAUGGUGUCUUGCAUUUCGCCAGGAUCAGCUUCAGUUGAGCACACCCUGAACACCCUGCGUUAUGCUGACCGGGUCAAGAGCCUUUCAAAGGGCAACAAGAAGGAUAGUGGAAGCUCCUCCAUUCCCACCUCCAUGGUUGCAUCGAAGAGCUCGACAACUACUGGCAGGUUGCAGCAGCCGGCCCCAGUCUACUUCCCUGAGCCAUUCGGUGACGAGUCGAGCUCAGCAACUGAGAAGCGCCCAAGAUAUGACAACCUCCCCAGAGUUGCCUCUGCCUCUGACCCUGGUCGUUUCAGUAUGGGAGGCCGGCCAUCUGCAGUGGAGGGUGGGAGUUUCAAGGAGAAGAAUGCCAGCAAGCUAGUUGAGGAGAUUGUGGAUGACAUGGAGCUGGACAACGACAGUGCUGAAGUGGUUGGAACCCUGCUCGCUGAUCUGGAAGAAGGUGUAAGCUCCAUGUAUAGCCUUUGCGGGGAGGUUGAGCAGUCUUGCAUCCCGUCAGGAUCUUCCAUGGAGGGCUUUGAUCCAAUGCAGUCGGGCAAAGACCCUAAAAUGCUAGGUGCAAGUGAGUCAACCUUCCUCUCCAGCUUCGCCAAGUCAUCUCUUCCAACCACUAGGCCCUUCCGCUCAACCUUAGGCUGGUCUGCAGGGUCUACUUCCAGGGGUUCGGCUGAAGCCUCAGCUGCUUCAGGAGGCCGUGCUGCUGCUGCAGCAGGCAGGGAAGGAAACAAUUCGAGGCUCCUUCGCCGGACCUCGUCCAUUCCAUCUGCUCCUUCUGUGGCAGAUAAGGUUUCCGAGGCUAACCAAAGUGCUGAUGAGCUCCUGACAGGCUCCUCUUCCUCGGAGGAUGAUGUACGCAAGACGGCUGAGGUGCCACUAGCACGCAGGAAGCAGCCUCCAAGGAAAGCCAAAGCUGAUGGAAGGUUGCAGCGACAGGAAGAACCUGAGGUGUCAGAGUCGUCAAGCGAGCUCAUACAAGGGUCUGCAUCCGAUCCACUUGCUUUGGAACACAAGCCUUCCCCAGAGGUGGCACAUAUCAUUUCACUGCAUGAGAAGCUUGUCACUCAGUACUCGGCCUUGGAACAACGGGAAAUGAAGCUCCUGGAUCAAAUUAGAGCAGGCAAGGGAAGCGUUGAUGUUUACCUUCUGGAGACAGGAAGGAUUGUUGCUGACAAAAUGUCCAGCCUCGCACAGCUGCAGGCUGAGAUUGCGAAGUUCCAGUUCACCAGGAGAUAAAGUGCUCAUGCGGUAUUGUAGGUUUGAUACUGGAGUUCUCUGGCAUGACUGUUCUCUUUCGUAAGUUCACCCCUUUUCAUCCUUCCGGCCCUAGUAUUGUGAAAACCAGUAUCUCCCUCCUGUACUUGGACAGUUUGGCAGGCAUUUGGCCCAUUUGACUGUUCAGGUGUACACCUCCUGUGGACUAUGCAAUGAUGACAAUUGGACUC